CUUUAUGGCAUUGCCUUCUUUUCCUCAGGUGACCUGUGACCACUGGCCACCCCCUCAGCUGUGCUCUCCCGCCCCAUCACCAUGCGGAUAUCAGGUGUGAUCCGGUGCGUGGUGCUGCUCAUCACGCUGCUGGGCACAUGGUUCAUCAUGCAGACGUACUUCCACCACAGCUGGAAAGCCAUCAGGCUGCGGAGCUGGCUCGGUGCCACGAAGAAGCCCAGCAGUGAGAAGCUGCCCCGGCACAAGUGUGGGAACCAGAAGAGCUGCCCCAAGAAUUAUUUUGCCUUCAAGAUCGUCAGUGGUGCCGCAAACGUGGUGGGACCCUCCAUCUGCUUCGAAGGCUUGGUCCUCAUGAGCAGCGUCAAAAACAACAUUGGCAGAGGCCUGAACAUCGCACUGGUGAAUGGAACAACUGGGCAGCUCCUGAAGACCGACUCAUUUGACAUGUACUCUGGAGACAUUAAAAAUCUGGAAAACUUCCUCCAAAGGAUCAAGCGUGGCACCCUCGUGCUGACAGCAAGCUACGAUGAUCCUGCCACAAAGAUGACUGACAGCGUACGGGCACAUUUCAUGGAGCUGGGCAGCAGCCACGUGAGUGAGCUGGGCUUCCGGGACAACUGGAUCUUCUUGGGAGCAAAAGGGCUGAUGAGCAAGACCCCCUUUGAAAAGCACAUCAAAAAUGAUAAGGAGACAAAUAAAUAUGACGGCUGGCCUGAGCUGCUGGAGAUGGAGGGCUGUGCCCCCAGGAAGAUGGAUUAG